AUGGUGCGCAAGCUCAAGCAUCAUGAACAGAAGCUCCUCAAGAAGGUGGACUUCACCGAGCGGAACCGCCGAACCUCGGAGGUGAUGCACCGGUACCACAUUCAACGUCGCGAGGAUUACACCAAGUAUCAAAUGGGCAUCAUCCAUUCAACUAAAAGUUUGGCGGCUUGCCAGCGUGUCACUGUCUCCUCCAUUUGUCGGCGCCGCCUCCCAGUCGUUGCGGUUCGCUUGAAAUUGGCCGAAACAGUGAAGCAAGCUGUCAAAUUGGUGGAGCAGGGUCACAUUCGCGUUGGCCCGCAGACCGUUACUGAUCCAGCUUUCUUGGUUACACGACGCAUGGAAGACUUUGUCACCUGGGUCGAUGCCAGCAAGAUGCGUCGUCAUGUGCAAAAGUACAACGAUAAGGUCUGUAUUUAA